UGCUCUGCUACUACAGACCAACAGGGCUACUCACUUAAAACACUGGAGAAAGAACUUGGCCUCUGUGUCAUGUUUUUGGCCCUCCAGAGGAACUAAUCGGCCAUUGUGUGAGACAGAAAGCUGGACCACUGGUCUAACUUAACAAGGCUUUACUUAUGUUCCUAUUUAUGGAAAUGAAAAUAUCAAAGCCAUUAAAUGUUUGGUACAUAGAAGAAAUGGACAGUGCAGCUUAUGGGCUUCCCACUCAGUCCUCUAUCUGAGAGGUAAACCAGAAUGCAAAGCUGUUUAAAAUGCACAGUCUAAGCGUUUCUGAACAUGAGGGUCGCUGACAACCGCAGGGUCGAAAUGGCAUAAAAUGAACUGAAAUUGAAAUGAGGAAGGCGAGUGGAGGAACCACAGAGACAAUGAUCCUUGUCAAGCCACAGAGCAGAAAUGACGUACGUGGCCUGUAAUGUUUGCAUCAGGAAAGCCGCAUGACAGGAAGCGUGCGCGCUGUGGGCAAUUUGGGGCUAUUCUGUCUUGGAUGCAAAAGGCAAAAGACAUUCCUCCCCAGAAUGCGAAGCAGUUGCCGUUUCCAUCGGGCUUUGCUCAAAGAAGAGCCAUGAAAUCGAUAAGUUACUCUCGAGGGAAAGGCUACACCUCCUGCUCUCCUCCUCCUGUAAAUGGUUUGGAUUGCCGAGGGACGCUGUUGCUGAUCUCUCUGGGGUUUGUAACAUUCGCAUCCUCCUGUUUGUCGGCAAUCUCUCUUUACCACAUGAUUGCAUUAAAAGCAGAUCUUGCUGUUCUGAGCAGCAAAUUGAACUGCAGGGUCCAGACAAUGACCUCCUUCCCUGUGUCACUGGGGGCUUUGGACGAGAUCCAAGAAGCCAGGGACCUCAUUCCCCGCUUGAAGGUGGCCGAAGCAGCUUCUCGCCAGGGAAUCUCCUCUGGAUUGCAUCAAAGUAGUCAAGAGAUAAUGUGGAGCAGAAACAGAAGGAAAAGAUCUUCGCCGCAUGUCGGUGAAGCAGUACUACAGCCAUGUCUGCAAAUGAUGGCUGACAGCAAAAGCAACAUUCAGCAACAAGACGGUGCAAGUAUAGUUCCAUGGCUGCUUAGCUUUAAAAGAGGAACCGCUCUGCAAGAGCAAGGGAAUAAAAUAUUGGUUAGAGAGGCUGGCUACUUUUUCAUAUAUGGUCAGGUUUUAUAUACAGAUGAGCUGUUUGUUAUGGGGCACUUAAUCCAGAGGAAGAAAGCCAACGUGGUGGGUGAUGACCUCAGUUUGGUGACGUUAUUUCGUUGCAUCCAAAAUAUGCCACAGGCAAACCCAAACAACUCGUGUUACACGGCUGGCAUUGCGAGGUUAGAAGAAGGAGAUGAACUUCAGCUGACCAUACCCAGGAGAGGAGCCAAAAUAGCCCUGGAUGGAGAUGCCACCUUUUUUGGUGCUGUCAGGCUUCUAUGAUGCUCUUCAGUUUUUUCACAGUCACUUCCCGGCUUCUUUUGAUGCUCAGACCAAGCCAGAAGAUGCUGUUUCGGAGUUGCUGGUUUUUCAUUGCAGGUUUUUUUUUGGAGUACUUUUCUGCUCGAUUAACUUAUUCAAAACAGGAAACCCAACACAUCCCCACCCUCAUGUGGAUUACCAGAAAUGAAACUUGUCUUGGUAGGAUAUAAAUAGUAGCUGUUCUGCAAAAGGAGCCGGCUGCAUCUGCCCAGGGGUCCGUCGAGCCCAGCAUCCUCUUUUCUGCAGUGGCCGGACAGAUGCUUCUAGGGGACACUCAAACAAAGUCCACUGGCAGCCCCCUACCCUUUGCCUCUGUCUCCCAGCAACUGUUUGAGGAAGGAUGGGGCUUACCACUUUGUUCUCAGGAAAAGAGUAUUGCUUCUGCUGAAGUAUCCCCCGCAGGAUAAAAAUAAAGAUUGCGGGAAGGUGCAACUAGCAUUUGCUUAGAGUAGGCGGGUUUGUUCAUUUCAGUGGGAUGUACAAGUAACCAUGUGUAGGAUCUCACAGUACUUCAUAUUUAAUUUUAAAGGUCAAAACUAAAAAGGUGUUACAUUUAAUAGGUGUAUAACCUUUGCUAAUGUACUUGCAGGUAAAUAUUAAAUCAUGGAAGAGACAACUGAUUUCUCCCA